AUGGUUGUCAGCUUUCAGCUCAGCCUUCUACGCCUCCUUGUUGGCCUCGUGGGUCACAAGGCUCGGUCUGCCCUCGAUACCCCUGGCAGAGCUGCUGUUAUACCCACGGUUUUAUAUGCAGAGAGUGCAGCGCUACAAAGGAUGCAGAGAUGCGAGAGUAUGGUGAAAGACGGUACUCCAGGAACUGCGACCUGGGGCCGUCGAUUGCUUCCAGGCACUCACCAUCACACCCAUCAAUAUCAAACAGACAUCCACUUGGAACAGCUUGGAACAGCUUGGAACCACGGAGCAGCAAACAUGUACAUCCACAAGAUCUCUGCCCUCGUCGCCCUCUCUGCCGUCGCCCUGGCAGCACCGUCACCCCCGUCAACCUCCGUCGCGAUCAGCAGGACUCGAGACCAUCUCGACGUCCCCUCAAAAGACCUCCCCGCGCGCAGAAAGCCGCUCCACGGACGCGAUAACUGCCUCUCCACCGGCGAUGUGUGCACCUACAACCACGAGUGCUGCACCUACUUUUGCUCGCGUUCACCCAACGGUCGACACUGCAAAGAGCAGUAA